AAUCAGUGGAAUGUUUUCAAAACUGAUUCGCGGAACGGUCGCACGGAACGGCAAGCGAAGCUCGCGCAUCAUCACCUCAACCAGGGUAGUCAUCCGCCCCAAGGCAACAGUGAAAAAGAGUGCUUUUUGAACUGCGAACCUGUUUUCAUCAGAAUGUCAAAAGUGACGACGAAGUCGAAAGAGUGAAAUGAUGUCAAUCGCGUAUGGUGGAUCAGUACGGAAAAUUUAUUCGCUUUUUAACAAAUUGUGAUCGUGAAAAUCUCCCAGCGAGUGUGUGCGUUUGGUGCUCGGUGAGGCGCUUGUCCGCGCGGUGAUAUUUCCAGGCCCUGGGAUUGCGUUGCAAAAUGUCUAAACAUGAUCGUGCGAAAUCGGGUGGCUUGCUGGAUACGCUGUUCUUCGGCCGACCGCACAAGAAGGGUGGCCGUGGCGGUUCUAGCGGCUACGGGGGGAGUGGCGGGUUGGGUGGGGGCGGUAGUGGCCACGGAGGCAGUAUGAAUGGGGGCCGUCCGUUGUCCGGAACGGAGUCGGAUGUGGCGAAUCAGGAGGAGAUCACCAAUGCCGUGAAGCGGAUGACCGAAGCGGAAGUGAAUCAGAAGUUUCUUGACAUCCUCGAGGACAUGAAUAUUCCGAAGGAUAAGCGGGAUCCGUUGCUGCUGAAACCGCUGGACGAGAAGAGGAAAAUGAUUUUGAUGCACUUGAAAGGCAAAAACAACACCGAACAUCGUGCCAACUCACGCUUCGAGCGACCCAUCGACUACAUUCAGUAUCUCCAGGACGGAGACUUCAACAGUCGAAUCCCCAAGAUCCUGCAAUGUGUGGAAAACCUCCGCGUAGCGUUGACGAGCAAUCCCAUCAGUUGGAUCAAGGAGUUCGGCGAAACGGGGAUCGAUGUGAUCGUCAAUCUUCUCCGGCACUGCAAGUCGAUGCCGCGGCGGUUCGACAAGGUCGAGUACGAGUGUUUGCGAUGUCUGAAGGCGAUCAUGAACAACUCGUGGGGGUUGAACGUUAUCCUGACACCGGAUCAGCACGCGGCUGUAAUGCUGCUGGCCCAGAGUGUGGACGCCAGUAAGCCCCAUACGAUGUGCGAAGCGGUGAAACUGCUGGCCGCUAUCUGCUUGGUUAAGGAAAGAAACGGGUACGAGAAGGUGCUGAAGGCGAUCACUAAUAGCACAAUGAUGGCCCGACAAGGAACCGAUCGGUUUCGACCGAUCGUGGAAGGAUUGUUCGUUGAGCGCGAUAGGAAUUAUGAGUUAACGAUCAACACCAUGAUCUUCAUCAAUUGUAUUAUAAAUACCCCUUCCGAUAUCAACUUCCGGCUGCAUUUGCGGUGCGAAAUGAUGCGGGCCGGGUUGCACGAUCGGCUGGAUCAGCUGACGGAAAUGGUGGAGAAAAGCAGUAACGAAAAUUUGGAGAAGCAUUUCAAGAUAUUUAAUGCUUUCCGAGAGGACGACUUUGAAGAGUUUAGUAAUAGGUUUGAUAACGUAAGAUUAGAUCUGGAUGACAUGAAUGAGUGCUUUGAACUAUUGAAGAACCUGGUGGUGGAUACAAGCUGUGAACCUUACUUUCUGUCAAUCCUGCAACAUUUAUUGUUCAUAAGAGAUGAUUACGUGUAUAGGCCGGCCUUUUUUAAGCUUAUCGAGGAAUGCGUAUCGCAAAUUGUGCUGCACAAAAGUGGUGUCGAUCCUAAUUUUGAUAGUAGAGACUUCCACAUAGACACGUCAACGCUGCUAGAAGACAUGGCAGAAAAGAGUCGGCAGUUGGAAUCCAAGAAAAGUGAAGACUUUGAAAAGCGGAUGGAGGAGCUGCAGACAGCAAAGCAAGAAGCGGAAGCGAGAGCCGCUGCGUUAGAAGAUCGCUUGAAGGAAAUUGAGGCCACUGGCGUCAUAUCACCGAAGGGAAAGAGUAAACUACCUCAGAUAAAUAUUCCUCCUCCACCACAAAUGCCUGGUAUGGGACCUCCUCCUCCGCCACCUCCACCAGGAGGUGGAGGAGGGGUUCCGCCACCACCUCCACCACCAAUGAUGCCUGGUGUUCCUUUGCCACCACCUAUGCCUGGCAUGGGUGGUGCUCCAAGACCUCCUCCCAUGCCAGGCAUGGGUCCUCCACCACCUCCGUUCCCGGGAAUGGGGCCUCCAAUGCCGCCAGGAAUGCUGGGCAUGCGCCCUAUGGCACCUAUUCCAGCACCGUUACCACAUGGCCUUAAACCAAAGCGGAAAUGGGAUACAGAUGGACCAAUGAAACGAGCAAAUUGGAAAGCAAUCAUCCCCCAAAAACUUUCUGAGCAUUCUUUCUGGGUAAAGGUACAAGAAGAUAAACUGGCAGACGAUGAAAUUCUUGCCGGACUAGCGAUGAAGUUCUCCUCCAAACCGAUGAAACAACCGGACAAGGACUCAGUAGAUCGACCGCCGACUUCAAAGAAGAACGUCGAUCUACGAGUGCUAGAUGGUAAAGUGGCACAAAACUUAUUAAUCCUACUGGGUGGAUCCCUGAAGCAUUUAUCUCACGAACAAAUUCGAAUAUAUCUUCUUCGCUGCGAUACAACGAUAUUAGGUCCAAGCGUUCUGCAGCAACUGAUACAGUACUUACCUCCGCCGGAUCAGCUGAAGCGGUUGCAAGAAAUACGAUCACGCGGAGAGGAACUAGCUGGAGCGGAAGCGUUUGCUGCCACUAUAGGAGAUAUCAAACGACUAGGGGCAAGAUUGCAGAGUUUGAGCUUCAAACUAAAUAUGCCGGACUUGAUGCAGGACUGCAAACCGGAUAUUGUGGCAGGAACAGCUGCGUGCGAGGAGGUUAAAAAUAGCAAGAAGUUUGCAAAGGUACUGGAGUUGAUUUUGUUGUUAGGAAAUUAUAUGAAUUCCGGUUCGAAGAAGGAAGCAGCUUUUGGAUUUGAGAUAAGUUUUCUUCCUAAGCUUAGUAGUACAAAGGAUUACGAAAACAAGCAAACUCUACUGCAUUAUAUUGCGGAUGUCGUGGAGAAGAAAUUCCCUGAUGCGCUUACCUUCAACGAGGAUCUAUCUCACGUGGACAAAGCAAGUAGAGUCAGUUUGGACAACAUUCAGAAGACGAUGCGUCAGAUGAACAGUUCAUUGAAGAAUCUAGAAUCUGAUCUGAAUAACAACAAAAUACCACAAAGCGACGAUGAUCGCUUCAUGGAAGUCAUGGGCACGUUCGCCGUUGACUGUCGGAAGCAGGUGGAACUUUUGGGAAAAAUGCUUUCUCAAAUGGAAACACUAUACCAGAGCCUUUCGGAGUUUUACUGUUUCGAUCCGGCUAAGUACACGAUGGAGGAAUUCUUCACCGAUAUUCGCACAUUCAAGGAUGCGUUCGUUCAAGCUCAUGCUGAGAACACCAAGAUUCGAGAAGAGGAAGAGAAGCGACGCCGCGCCCUGGAGGCCAAGGAACGUUCCCAAAGGGAACUGCAGGAACGCCAACAGCGAAAAUUAGCUCUGGUAGACAUCGAUGCCGUCCAAACGCAGGAAGGCGUCAUGGAUAGUUUACUGGAAGCGUUACAGACGGGUUCUGCUUUCGGCAAUCGAGAUCAACGGAGACGGCGAGGACCAAGGCCAGCGGGUGCAGAGAGGAGAGCACAGCUGAAUCGUAGCCGGUCGAGGACCGGAAUCACCGCCAAUGCAUUUUCCAGCCGAGAAAUGUUAUCCGAGCUGCUGGGUCCGGCGUAGAUACUAGCAUACAAUCGGAUAUGAGUCGCUGUGAGAGUGAAUUACUUAUUAGUUAUAUCCAUAGAGUAAUAAACCAUUUUAAUGUUUUAGCAGGUGUAGCACAAAAGAUCCCUACGAUUGUCGCAAUGCAUCUGUGAGACACUGUUCCACCUCGUUUGCAAGUUCAAAAUUUCGUUAAAUUAUAUUCAAAGUUUCACGUUUAUACGUAAUGUUUCUCAUAUUUUCAGUUUCUCGUAUUGACAGUUUUAAAGAAUAACAAGAUAGAAAAUAGAAUAAAUAGAAAUUCGCAAAAACAAAUAA